GGUGGCGCGCUUCACAGCAGCGCUUAUCACCGUUCUGUGAGGACUGCAUAUUUUUCGCUUUUCACAUUUGUCCUUGCACCUUACUCGUGUCAGUUUGUCUGUCGUAGCGGCCGUUGCUUGCUUUCCAUCCGCUUUCUGAAUCUAAUUGCUUUAAGUUGUCGGGGCUCAGCACACGAGGGCGACGACGCGACGAGCUGUGCUGUUUUUGCACUUCACGCGGGGGCUUUUAAAGUGAAAGUGUCGUUGAAUUCGUCACUGCCAGAUUGCUGGUAAAGAAAAAUAAGGAAGAAGUGGUGCCUUCUUUGAAACAGCAGCUUUUGCAGCCUGUCGCCAACAACAGUAGUGCUGGGAACCCUGAACUGGUUUUUCUUUUAAGUUCUUCUUUUCUGGAAAGUAUUUUGAAAUUUGCCAUUGUGUGCAGUAAUCCUUUCUCCAAGUAGACCAUCAUUUGUAUUAUUUUGCCUUUGUUCACUGAGGAUAUAAUUUUUAAUUUUUUUCCUUUGUUUUAUUUUUUCUAUUUUCAGUUGGUUUUCAAAUUGCUGUUGUUCUACCUUACUUGGAGAGCAGUUACACUACAUUGGAUUUGAUUUUACCCUUUUUUAAUAGGAUUUUUUUCAUUAUGCUUAAAGAGUUUGUAUAUUUGGAAUCUUGGUUAAAAAUAUAAAAAUAAAUAACUGAUAUAUGUACACUUUAUAAAAGAAUUGAAUGAAAAUGGAGCAUUAAGUACUUAUAUUGUGGAAUAAAGUCAGAAUUAUUUAUUAUUUUUUUACUAGUAAAAGGAUCAAUGUUUCCUACUCCAAAAGGCAGUAUGCAAAGUUAACUCCUUUGAAAUCUUCACCAAAUGCAUUUUCUGAAGAGCUGGACUCUAUGUUUUAUUUUUUCCAAAGUUAUUUUUUCUGCUGAUACUCAUUACGCAGCUAGUACUAGUGGGAAUUUUAUUUUGCCCUUUGAAGAAAAAAAGGAAGUGUAAUUCAUCGUUAUAUUUUGUUCAACCAAAGGAACAUUUACUUCCUACUUUUUACCACCUGCAAGCAUUUUGAGGAAGUUAAUCUUUUUUCAUUUAGAGGGGGCCCUAGUUUUAUUCCCCCCUCCAGUGUGAGUUAACUUAAGUUCCAGACUAUGGCUGUUAAUGUUUCUAUGAGUCGUGACACAAAAUGGCUGACGCUGGAAGUUUGCCGGGAGUUCCAGAGGGGCACCUGUUCUCGUUCUGAUUCUGAGUGUAAAUUUGCCCACCCAUCACGGAGUUGUCAUGUAGAAAAUGGGCGAGUCAUUGCCUGCUUUGAUUCUCUUAAGGGUCGGUGCACACGAGACAACUGCAAGUACCUGCACCCUCCACCUCAUCUGAAAACUCAACUUGAGAUCAAUGGACGCAACAAUCUGAUCCAACAAAAAACUGCUGCAGCAAUGCUUGCCCAGCAGAUGCAGUUCAUGUUACCAGGAACACAGUUACAGCCUAUUACCACUUUUUCAGUAACUCCAUCGCUGGCUGCAAAUCCAACUAUGGCAUUUAGCCCAUUCCUGAGCCAUGUGACUCCAGGUGUUGGCCUUGUUCCUGAACUGCUUCCCAGCACACCCAUGUUAGUUUCGGGAAACCCUACAGUUACAAUUGCAGGCAGCUCUGCUGGACAGAAGCACAUGCGUACUGACAAAUUAGAGGUAUGUCGUGAAUUUCAGCGAGGCAACUGCACACGAGGAGAAAAUGACUGUCGCUAUGCCCACCCAAUCGAAGCAGCAAUGAUUGAUGGGAAUGAGAAUUCGGUAACCGUCUGCAUGGACUAUAUCAAGGGUAGAUGUACGCGAGAGAAAUGCAAGUAUUUCCACCCUCCAGCUCACUUGCAAGCCAAAAUUAAGGCAGCACAGCAUCAAGCCAACCAGAAUGCAGCUGCAGCUGCAGCUAUGGCUCUCCCUCCAGGGGCUCUUCAACCAUUACCAAAGAGGCCAGCGCUUGAAAAAGCCAAUGGUGCCACAACGAUGUUUAACCCCAGCAUGUUCCACUACCAGCAGGCUCUGGCCAACAUGCAGCUGCAGCAGCCAACUUUCAUACCAACCGGGUCUAUUCUGUGCAUGACUCCCACAGCAGGCGUUGUACCCAUGAUGCACGGUGCUACGCCAGCCACUGUUACUUCAGCAACUACUCCUGUCACGAGUGUCCCUUUUGCUGAAACUGCUGCUGCCAACCAGAUUUCCCAGUUAUCUGUAGAUGAACUGAAUAGCAACAUGUUUGUUUCACAGAUGUAACCAUUGCCAAUAGAACAUAGGCCACUCUGAAGUUAUGAGAAGCAAAAUGGUGGAUCUGUAGAAUAUUUCUAUGGAAAUCCAUGUUCAUCCAGUCACUAAUAUCUCCCUUGGCAGUAAGCCUUAUCCUGUACUCACGUUAACCAAAAAAAUAGGUAUGUUAAACAGAAACGUUUAAAAUACCAAUCAAAGUUGAAUGUUAGAGGAGGAAAUAUCUGGGAGAAACUUGCACAUACACUGUGUAAUACUGUCUUACUCAUCGUGGAGCAAGAUAGAAGAACAGAGGAAUGCAUCAGAAUGAAUUUGGAAUGCAUUGGAUUCUAUAGAAAGAGACAAGUUUGUAAGACUCUUGCUUUCAGAGCAUAUUGAAACUGAUAUAUUUUCCUGUCAUUUCUUUUUAUGAGAAAGUGUUAUCAUUGUUGUGUUUACAUCAGAAAGUUAAUAUUUUGUUUUUCACUUUUCUGUUUUAAAAGUUAAAUCAUACUUUUAGUUCAAAUGUUUUACAACUGUAUCUAGACUAUAAGGCUUUAAUAAAGAUAAAAAUAAUUUGGCUGCACUUAAUUAUGCAAUUCCAACAGGACCCCUAUUAGAUUAUUUCAAAUGAUGUCUUAAUAACAGUGCUUUGUAAAUAUUAACAACUAAAUACUAAAUAUCUUCUUCUUCAUCUGGUUAAAAGUAUUUUAUUAUUUAUAAAAUUUUAACAAUGGUCUGUUUGAAGUAAUAAUUCAAUUAGAUUUAUGAAACAAAAUGAUCUCACAAGAAAUUUGAUUAACAUGUAUUAAAAGUAUGUAUUCAAUGUAAUAACAGAUUUUCAGUUGUAAGCUACACAAGUAGAUCUUUUUUUUGAAAGCUAAUUUGAUACAAGUGUAGCCAAGUUAUUUUUACAGCAGCACCUGGGAUUGUCAGUAUUCCAUGAAUGUGUUCUUAUUAAUGCAUUUAAUCCCAUUAUUGGAAAAUAUGUACAUAAUUAUUGACUAUUGUUAUAGAUUGAAUCAUGUGUCUGACUUAUUCUACAUGCAAUCAAUUCUUUUCUUGAAAAUGAAGGCAAGUCAUUUCUAAUGCAGUGGAGUGGUAGUAUGCGAGAAUAAGAUUCUGUCUUGCAAAGGUCAUUAACCAGGCAGGGUUAAAACUAAGCCAUAAUCUGAUGGAAUUGCAUUCAGUUAAUAAGCCAUUUUAAAUGGUGUUCAGCUGCAUGCCUGCACAUUUAAAAUCAAACAAAAUCUUUUAUUAAAUAAUAGGACUCAUUGGGGUUCUGGCAUAACUCCUAUGGUUCUUUUUUUCUCAAAAACACCUUAUGAUUGGUUUUGUUUGUCAUUUGCAUCCAAGAUGCUUAAAUGUACUUAUUUUUCACAAUAGGAUGAACAGUCAUAAAGAUCUUUGAAUGUUUUGACUGAGCAUCAACAUGCAAGUCUGCCUGAACGUAUCUGAUGUGGCCAUGGGUUUACCAGCCUUUUUACACAGUCUGUUUUAGUGCCUGAGAAAAUAAGAAACACUGCUGUUAUCUAUGAAAAGGACUAUUAAUUGCUGUACUGAAGGAGGGGCAAAUUAUAUUUUUUUAUCCCUCUGUUUACCUUAUAGAGUUACAUACAUUAUUAAGGUAUUUUUGAAAAAUGCAGGUGGGGUGCGAUUGGUUUUCAUUUUUUGUUCAAUAUUGUUUAUACUUGUAAAACUUUUAAUUUCUUACGUCAGCCUUUUGUGUGUAUGCAUGAGUGUAAGAUUUUUUUUUAGUGUCUGCAUAAUAUAUAUAUAUAUAUAUAUAUAUAUAUAUAUAUAUAUAUAUA